UCCUUGCAAAUUGUGCGAUACAGUGCGAUAUGUAUGCGAGUGAUUUACGAAAGAACGAAAGUUAGAUAACCGAGCAACAAAACGGUGUGUUAGACAAGAAAAUUCUCGACUCAGUAUGUGAAUUACGUCUCAACGGUAACGACGGACACAAAACAGUUAUGUUUUGCGUGAAAUAUGCGAGAAGCGUUAAGCCCUCACCGCUAUUUAACUUCCUACCAACGAAUCGUUAUUCUCGACGUAGUGAUAAAAACACAAGCACAUACAAAGUGGUUAAGUCGAGCGAUGGAAAUUUGGACGAUAUGGAUGGCGCUGUACUGGGCAUCAACUCUAAUUGGGAACUGUUGACGCCGAAUGGAUUUCGAUUUUACCUUCCUGGAAGUGUCGGCCCUGGUUGGUCGGAUGUAACCACUACUGCGCAGAGAAGAUCGCAUUUGCUCGACAUUUCUAAUAACAAUGAACAGGUUCCCUUAGACUAUACGGAUCAACGUGUAUCUGGUCGAUUGGGUCGAUCCAUGACUGGUCAAGACCGUACGACGCUCAGAUGCGUUGCCCAGGAAUGUCCUUUACUUUUGAGGAAAGGUAUCGAAGAACUCUUUCCUGGAUGCCUGGAUGUUGGUUCUCCGCAGCUCACAAUAAUUACUGUCUGUCAGAAAACUAAUUCUAAAACCUCCAGGUGGAGUAGGGAAAUGGAAAUGGAGGAACUGGCCAAAUACUUCGUACUGGCAGCUUCAGACAUUUGUACUAAAUUAAAGAUGAUCGGAUACUGGGCCGAUUUCAUCAAUCCGUUCAGCGGGCAACCCCAUUUAAGUGUACAAAAGAAUAGCACAUUGUACAAGACAGACGAGCGUUUUCGUUGUUUAGGAUUUAAAAUAGUACAUAAGAACAAUUGUAAAGUUAUUUUAUACGACAAUAACGGUCAAAACUUUAUAGGAAGUCUCUACACCACGGCGCCAGCGAGCACGGCAUUCUUGAAGGAGAUUCUAUACGAUUGUGAACAUGUAAAUCUCAACGAAGCAUAACAAAGUGUGUCGAUAGAGUGUGAAUUUGAUCGUGUAGAUCGAGACAUUGGUUCCACGCGAAUGUAUCAUAAAUUUUUUGCGUAAUUCUGUAUAAAU